AUGCAUCGCGCCCACCGCACACGGCAAAAAGUGUACAGAAAUCCCAGGCGCCCCGCGGUGCUGUGCAUCGAGCCCCAAGAAUCCUGGUCCCCGCGUCGCAAUUUUUGGCCAAUUUUCCGUUUUGAGCCGCGUCAUUUAAACUUAGACAUCUUUUUUGACUCAUACCGACCACCCCACUGCUGGGCGAGUCUUGUCAUUGUACCCCAGUACUUUGAGCGUGCUAGUGUACCGUUGCUUGGCUCACUUGGAUUCUCCCGAAGUACCACGCUUCCCAAGACUGUGGUCAGGACCCUAAGACUGGGUCCUGAGGUCCACGCUAGAACCAUACGAACAAUGGCUGACCAUUCACCAUCAUCUUCCGGCGAGGGUGCAGAUCCUCUGGAAGAUGAGGUGCCUGCCAGUGCGCCGGUCCUCGGGCCUCAUAACCAGGAGACACUCUCGGCCGCCGCCGAGGAGUUGUUCCUGAGCAAUGAGGCUUCUUCGCCUCUAGCUGAGCCCGCCUCAGGCACCUCGGUCAUCAUGAAUGCGAGAGCCUACCAAUCCGAGAUGUUGGCCGAAAGUAUGAGGCAAAACAUUGUUGUUGCUAUGGACACUGGCAGUGGUAAAACGCAAGUAGCUGUUUUACGAAUAAGGGCAGAAAUAGAGAGAACGUCAUCCAAACAGAUUGUCUGGUUCUUAGCCCCCACGGUCUCGCUUUGUAAUCAACAAUUUGAAGUUCUCAAAACCCAGAUUCCAGAGGUCCAGAUCAAGUUCCUCAGUGGCGACGAUAAUGUGGACUCAUGGUCGGACCAGCAAGUGUGGGAUGCAGUUCUUCUCAAUGUGCGCAUAGUUGUAUCGACGUAUCAGAUCCUGUUGGACGCGUUGUCGCAUGCGUUUGUGCCUAUGUCAAGACUGUCUCUAAUCGUCUUUGACGAAGCUCAUAAUUGCGUCGGCAAGUCUCCGGGAGCCAAGAUCAUGUCGCUCUUUUAUCAUGAAGAACAACGUAAAGGCCGCCCUACUCCCCACAUCUUGGGUCUUACAGCAAGCCCGACUUUCGGUUCCAAAGUUGAAAGUAUCAACACCCUCGAAGCCACGCUAGAUGCUGUUUGCAAGAGCCCUACAAUGCACCGGGACGACCUGCUUGCCGCUGUCAAUAAACCAGAGCUGGCAUACGCAUCUUUCCAACCUCGACACGAGCUCGAUGAUCCGAACAGCUUGCGAAGCUUGAGGACAGCUAUACAGUCUCUUGAUAUCUCGGAAGACCCUUAUGUUCGAUACCUUCAAGCAGAGGGAACAGAUCGCAGUCGGCGUGAUCUUAUCUCAGUUCUAAAAAGUCACGACACAUACAUCCAGAACCAAAUGACUUCUUUUGGUCGCCAAGCAAAUCAUAUCUCCAGCGAACUAGGACCUUGGGCCGCAGAAUAUUAUAUCUGGGAAGUGAUUUCGAGAUUCAGGGCCGCAGUCAGGGCCCAGAGCGUCUGGUUCGACACAUGGAAGGAUGAAGAGAAACAAUAUCUCUUCCACAUUCUCAGUCAAGUCGAAUGCCAAUGCCCAUCGGAAGAUGACCUCAGUCGUGAGGUCGUUUCGGAUAAGGUGCUCGUUGUCAUUGAGAAAUUGUUACAAGACAAACCCGAAACCAUUGGUAUCAUUUUCGCGAGAGAAAGAGCAACUGUCGCUGUUCUGUGUCAUUUGCUUACAUCGCAUAAGUUGCUACGAGAGCGAUAUCGAAUAGGUGCUAUGAUGGGCACGUCACAGUUCCAAGCCAAGAAGAAAGAUAUAUGGGAUCUCUCCAGAGUCGAGGAUCAGCGAUCGUUGCAUCAAUUCCGGUCCGGGAGAACCAACCUGUUAGUUGCCACCAGCGUACUCGAAGAAGGCAUCGACGUGCCGGCCUGUAACUUGGUCCUUUGUUUCGAUAACCCGCCGAACCUCAAGUCUUUCAUUCAACGCCGCGGACGGGCCCGGAAGAAACAAUCCAAGCUUUUGAUGCUGUUUGAUCGCUCGAAAAGUUUGGGGAAAGAAUGGGAGAUGCUGGAGGCGGAGAUGAAGGCCCAGUACGAAGACCAAGAGCGAGAACUUGAACGCCUCCAAGAAAUCGAGCAGGCCGAUGAGCCAAAAGAGAUGAUCUACCGAGUCCAAGAAACAGGAGCUGUUCUGGAUCUCGAUAACGCAAAACAACAUCUUGAUCAUCUCUGCCGAAUAUUAUCUCCGGGAGAGUAUAUCGACUGGAGGCCUGACUACAUCAUUCACGAGACCAUCAUAAAAGGCGCGCCAGACUUACGGGCUACCGUAAACCUUCCGAGCUAUCUACCAGCCUCGGUUCGUAGCGCCGAGAGUGAAUUGGCUUGGAAAUCAGAACAAAAUGCUACAAAAGACGCUGCUUUUCAAGCCUAUGUCAAGUUACGUGAGGCUGGACUUAUCAACGACAACUUGUUGCCUUUCAAGCCGGAGGAUUUUGUGCCUGGAAUUGACAAAAGAGCUGCUAUUCUGCAGGUCAACGGCCUACUCAAUGCCUGGAAUGGAGUUGCCAAAGCUUGGAAAGUCGGUAACAAUCUAAGGGCAACUCGGAUCCUGCUCAAGGACUCAGAUGGUGCUGUCCAGGGAGAGUACGAAAUGGUAAUCCCUGUAUGGGUUCCUGGGCUGCGGACGAUACCCAUCUAUCUGGGCUAUAACGUCACCUGGUCACUUGAAUUCGGGCAGCAGCUUCCUAUCGAUGAGCUGGCCGGCAAUGAUGAUACAGCUGUGCUUCUUGCUCUGCCGUAUGGUCAUCGUUGGAAUUCGGCCGGCCUCCAGCAGAUCGUAAGGUUCAGCGCAGUUGGUGCUGGAGAUCUUUCCCUCGAUCAAAUCGGCGUCAAAGGCUUCGUCCCGGGGGCGAUGUCAGCCCACGAUCUGACCUGUUUCAUACGCGACCAGUCUGGUUCCCCCUAUACGUACGACAACGUCAUCCCCAACAAACCAGCACCCGAAUCUGUGCAGAAGAUGUUCUACGAAUUCGAAAAGGCUCCAGAGGACGUACCUUACCUAGCUCUCAAGAAGUGGUCCCGCAGGUCAGACUUUCUUCAUCGGCCACAGAGCGAUCCCAGUCACGGCCCCAGCACUGUCAAGCCGUACAACAGAGUCUACCCGAUGCCGUGGGCAAAGGUGGAUAACAUACCUGCAAAGUACGCUCAGUUUGGUGUUCUCAUACCGUCGAUCUUGCAUCAUAUCGAAACCCACCUAGUGGCGCGAGAGCUGUCUAUGGGUAUUCUGAGACCGUUGGCCAUCUCCGACCCGUCUCUGGUACUCACAGCCAUCAGCGCGGGAAGCGCGUGUGAACCCACAAACUAUGAACGCAUCGAAUUCCUGGGUGACUCUAUUCUCAAGUUCUCCGCCACAAUCAAUGUGGCCGCUCUGAACCCGGACUGGCCAGAACGGCUCCUGUCUUUCAAGAAAGACGCGAUUGUCGCGAACUCGACCCUUUGCAAGGCGGCCAUCAAGCACGGCCUCGACAGGUUCAUCCUCACCAAGCCUUUCACGGGGCAAAAAUGGCGCCCCAUCUACGUGGACGACAUGCUCCAGCGCGGCGAGGAGACCUCCACGAGAAAGAUCUCUACCAAGACGCUCGCUGACAUCGUCGAAGCACUCAUCGGGGCCUCGAUGAUCGACGGCGGUCUACCGAAAGCGUUGAAGUGCAUGUCCAUCUUCCUCCAGCAGAUCAAGUGGAAAACCCUGGAUGACUGCAGACAGGCCUUGUACGACGUCGCUCCCUCUGACAUCGAACUCCCCUCUACCCUCGAGCCCUUGGAGCAGCUCAUAGGCUACGAAUUUGAAAAGAAGUCUCUGCUGAUUCAGUCCAUGACCCACGCGUCCUUCAACCUCGGCAACACCCUGGGCUGCCUGGAACGUCUCGAGUUCAUCGGCGACUCUGUGCUGGACUAUGUCAUUGUCAACCGCCUCUUUACCAUCGAACCCCCUCUUCCACAUCAGACGAUGCAUCUCCUAAAAACAGCAAUGGUCAAUGGAGACUUUCUCGGAUUUCUAGCUCUAGAACAGUCAGUCAGUCAGGACGAGGUAAUCGUCACAGGCGCCGGCAGCAGUGGUAAGGAGCCCGAGCUACACCAUUCGCGCUUCGCGCUGCCCUUGUGGAAAUUCAUGCGCCACCAAGCCCCCGCGAUCGGCCUCGAGCAGGUCAACGUCUCAAAGCGGCACACCGCGCUCAGAGAUGAGAUGAUUGAGGCAAUGGAGCAUGGCACGACGUACCCCUGGGCCCUCCUCGCACGCAUGCAACUGCGCAAGUUCUAUUCCGACGUUUUCGAGUCCCUCCUCGGCGCCGUGUACGUCGACUCUGGAGACUUGGAAGUCUGCGCCGGGGUCGUGGAGCGGUUCGGCAUCCUGGAGUACCUGGAUCGGAUCCUGAGGGACGAGGUGCACGUGCUGCACCCCAAGGAGGAGUUGGGACAUUUGGCGGACAACAAGACUGUUACGUACGUUCUGGACGUGCAAGAGGUUGAAGACGGCGAGAAGCGGUUUUCGUGUAAGGUUAUGGUCGGCGACCGGUGUGUUGUCGAGGUCGACGGAGGGAUUUCUAGAGAUGAGGUCAAGGUCAAAGCCGCGGAGGCGGCAGUCAGUAUACUCAAAGCGGAAAAGAAUGAAGCGAAGCAGGAGAGCAUGGAUGUUCAGGAGGCUGAAGAUACAGUUAUGGGAUAG